AUGUGGUGGUGGCUGAAGGCGUGGGGUCGGCUGCCAGAAACGGCGUUUGGGCGGGAUUAUUCGUGGCAGCCCAGAGCAGGGCUCCCGCGUUCGACGGGGCUUCAGAAAUACCAGGCCUCGUUUCCAUGGGAACAGGAUCCCUCCGUAAGGAAACCGCUUGUGCCCUGCCGUUGGAAUCACGCAAAGGAGGCUGAGGGAGAACUUGGCUUCCUAGGCAUAGUCGAAAGCUACUUCGACCGGGCGGCACGUGUGGUUGAAAAUGAGCUCGUAAAGCGGCUUCGCACUCCCAAGGACGAGAAUGAGCGAGUGCUGCGGGUUCGCGGGGUCCUGGACGCAAUCCGGAGCUGCGGCCACGUCCUGGAGGUGGCCUUCCCCGUUCGUAAAGACAGUGGCUGUUGGGAGUUGAUCAAGGGCUGCCGUGCCCAACACAGCCAGCACCAUAUGCCAUGCAAAGGAGGAUUUCGAUAUAGCAAAUCAGUUAAUUCUGAUGAAGUAAAAGCUUUGGCAGCUUUGAUGACAUAUAAGUGUGCAGUAGUAGAUGUUCCUUUUGGCGGGUCAAAGGCUGGUGUGGCUAUUGAGCCAAAGAAUUAUUCAAAAAAUGAACUGGAGCAAAUAACAAGAAAGUUCACAUUGGAAUUGGCCAAGAAAGGUUUUAUAGGUCCUGGAAUUGAUGUAGCUGCUCCUGAUAUAAACACAGGAGAAAGGGAGAUGUCCUGGAUUGCUGAUACAUAUGCCUGUACACUUGGACACAAGGAUAUCAACUCAUAUGCCUGUGUGACUGGGAAGCCCAUAAGUCAGGGAGGAAUCCAUGGGCGCAUAUCAGCCACAGGCCGUGGAAUUCUAUAUGGAAUUGAAAACUAUAUCAACAAUUCAACAUAUAUGGAUCUUAUUGGCCUUAAAACUGGUUUCCCUGGUAAAACAUUUGUUUUGCAGGGAUUUGGCAAUGUGGGUUUUCAUUCAAUGCGAUACCUGCAGCGAAAUGGAGCAUGCUGUAUAUGCGUUGAAGAAGUAGAUGGUGCCAUCUGUAACACCGAUGGAAUUGAUUCCAAUGAACUACAACACUACAAACAACAAAUCAUGACUGUAGCCACAAAGUAUAAUCUAGGCUUGGACCAGAGAACAGCUGCCUAUAUUUGUGCCAUUGAAAAGAUAUUUAAGACUUACAUUGAAGCAAACUCCAAAAUAAUAACACCUAGUCAGCAAACACUUCAAGACACUCCGAUUUUAUAUUCCAGUGCUAAUUGCUGUGGUCACAAAGCUUCUGCAGAUUUUUCUGAUCUAGACUAUAACUGGGAUUCUGAGCUAUCCCAGAGACUACACUAUCCAUCCAGUGAGCUAAAGAGCUGCAAUUUGUACAUUGUAGAGCUCCAGAUAGUAGGUGACUUCUAUGUGCCGUUACUACGCUGUGUACCUGUGCAGGGGCAAGACAAUGAUUUCAUAACUGUGACCUAUGACCGUCCACAUUAUGUGCCGGUCAGCAAACAUCACAUCGAUACCGUUACUAUAGAAAUCAAAACUGACCAGGACAAAAACGUGCAUUUUUAUCACGGGAAGAUUAUUGCUGAAGGUGCUAAUGGCCCUACAACUCCAGAUGCUCAUGAUAUCUUUUUGCAGAGAAAAAUCCUUGUACUACCGGAUUUAUACAUAAAUGCAGGUGGUGUGACAGUUUCCUUUUUUGAAUGGCUGAAGAAUCUCAACCAUAUCAGCUAUGGGCGUCUUACUUUCAAAUAUGAGCGUGAUUCUAAUUAUCAUCUGCUGAUGUCAGUGCAACAAAGCCUGGAGAGAAAAUUUGGAAAAAGCUGUGGAAGUAUCCCUAUUAUACCCACACCAGAAUUUCAAGCUAGAAUAGCAGGUGCCUCAGAGAAGGAUAUUGUUCAUUCUGGACUAGCUUUCACCAUGGAACGUUCAGCCGGGGGUUUGGUUUCAGACAAUGAAAUGGCCGAAGAAGAGAUACUGGGGAUGGGUGAAAUGGUAUACUAUUUGAUUGAAUGA